UCCUCGGUCUCAGCCUGACUUUACUUUAAUUGCGCAUCAUGUCGAGCACCGUAAAGAGCCUCAAAGUCACCUACAACCCCAUCAAUGAGAAAAACACCUUUACCAAUGGUGACUGGGUCUCUGGUCAGGUCGCUCUGGAAGUGGCCAAAGACUGCCAAAUAAACUCGCUGUUAAUUAAAUUCAAGGGGAAAGCCGAGGUCAUGUGGACCGAGAGGCACGGUCAGACGACUGUCGUCUAUCACUCCAAGGAAAAGUACUUCAGCAAUAAACAUUACUUCAUCCGAGACAAGGAUGCGAAAGGAGAUGACAACCAAACACUACUGACAAGCCAGAAUGGAGAAACAUACAGCAGUGUCGUUGCCCCAGGAUGCCAUGUUUACCCAUUCACCUUUCAGAUCCCGUUCCAGAGUUUUCCCUCCUCCUUCACUGGUUGUGUUGGUAAAAUCGUGUACUCACUGGAGGCCAGGCUGAGCAGAUCAAUGAGGAUCGACAAGAAAGAUUCAACGAAGAUCAACUUUGUGACGAAAGAAGACCUGAGCCGUGACACUUGGCUAAUGACACCACAGCACGAGUCUAAGGAUAAGAAAAUGAAAGUCUUCACCUCAGGAACAGUAGCCAUGGAUGUGAAUCUUGAAAAAACAGGCUUCUUCCAAGGAGAGGAUAUAAAAAUUCUGGCCUGCAUUGAGAACAACUCGUCCCGUGAGAUCAAGCCCAAGUACUGUGUGUACAGAAAACACAGCUUCUUUGCAAGAGGGAAGAGAAGAGUCAACACUAAAGAUCUCCUAAAGGAAGUGGGAGAGCCAAUCCCUCCUUCUGCUAAUGAAAAAGUCACAAGAGUCAUCACGAUCCCCCAUGAUAUGGAGCCCUCCAUCCUCAACUGCAACAUCAUCAAAGCAGAGUACAGACUCAGGGUCUACCUCGAUGUCAAAUAUGCUUCAGACCCAGAGAUCAAAUUUCCCAUAGUCAUCCUGCCGGCCACUCAGGUUCCUGGUAUGGCACCACCACCUGCUGCUUCUGACUUUGGAUUCGAACCAUUUGGGAACACAGACCCACCAGCAUGGAGCGUACCACCGCAACCACCAACAGCACCUCAACCUUUGGAUGCCCCACCUCCUUAUGGAGCAUAUGGAAUGUACCCUCCUUUGACAGAUUUUGGCAAUAAAUAUUAGUGACAGGCCUGUGAAGAUAGCUAGACAGACACUUGGCUAUCCUGGCUUUCUUUUUUUAUGCAUCUGUAUUUUUUUGGUUACAGCUACAAUAUCAAAAAGCAAGAUUUUUGUUAUCGAACACUCUGGUCAGAGUGAAACCACCACUAUAUGUGCCCUGUGUUCCAUAGUUCAUUUGUCCUGUAUACAGGGUAGUGUUAGUGUUAUGUAUUGGACAGUAGUCAGUAGUACAUUUUCCAGUGUUGACAUAUCACCUGUGUCAGUGCAAGAAACAUGUUUGUUUUGUUGUGUUUUUUUCUGAUCCUUGUAUGAGUUCAGGGACCUGUGUCUUCAUCCCUCCUAAGUUGUAGGCUUUUGCCCUGUUUGUGAUUCUGUGAGGCUCACAUUAACUUAUGGAGAAAGAAGGCCACAGGAUUUCUUUUUGAAUGUGGCCAAUAUCAAAUUCCAGUUUGAAGUGACCCACUUGACAAAUGUCAAUCUAGAAUGAUGUAAAAGUCACAUACAUUUUGAUAUUCAUAUUGCAAAAGUGGCUCAAAUCAGAAUUGAAAAGAGCAGAUUCCAUGUGAUUUGUGCUGUUUACACUGUCAUUAAAAACUGAUCCCACUGACUGACACCACCUUUAAAUAUCAGUGUAAUAAGAAAUUAAGGCUGAAUAACUGUUACACAGCUUAACUUUCUAAAUUGUAAAUAUUGUUGAAAAACAGGAAAAUAAUUUUGAUAAACGUAUAAUCAUA